AUGGAGACCUCUAAAGAUGACCUCCAUCCAGGCAUGGAGACCUCUGAAGAUGACCUCCAUCCAGGCAUGGAGACCUCUGAAGAUGACCUCCAUCCAGGCAUGGAGACCUCUGAAGAUGACCUCCAUCCAGGCAUGGAGACCUCUGAAGAUGACCUCCAUCCAGGCAUGGAGACCUCUGAAGAUGACCUCCAUCCAGGCAUGGAGACCUCUGAAGAUGACCUCCAUCCAGUGCCCCCUGCCCCCUGGGGUGCCGCCCCUGCCCCCUGGGGUGUCGCUCCUGCCCCCUGUAGUGCCCCCCCUGGGGUGCCGCCCCUGCCCCCUGGGGUGCCGCCCCUUUCCAGGGGUGCGGUUGCGCCGUCGGGGGGGGGGGUCGUAUCUGGCGACCAGUCUGGUAGUGAUAGUGACCAGUCUGGUAGUGAUAGUGACCAGUCUGGUAGUGAUAGUGACCAGUCUGGUAGUGAUAGUGACCAGUCUGGUAGUGAUAGUGACCAGUCUGGUAGUGAUAGUGACCAGUCUGGUAGUGAUAGUGACCAGUCUGGUAGUGAUAGUGACCAGUCUGGUAGUGAUAGUGACCAGUCUGGUAGUGAUAGUGACCAGUCUGGUAGUGAUAGUGACCAGUCUGGUAGUGAUAGUGACCAGUCUGGUAGUGAUAGUGACCAGUCUGGUAGUGAUAGUGACCAGUCUGGUAGUGAUAGUGACCAGUCUGGUAGUGAUAGUGACCAGUCUGGUAGUGAUAGUGACCAGUCUGGUAGUGAUAGUGACCAGUCCAGUGUACCAGAGAUGGUUGAAGAUGACCUACGUAUUUCAACGUGUUGCGCCGCUCUCUCUGAGACCGACUGUUAUUUGGGUUCCUAG